AUGGCCGGCGUGUCCGUGUCGGAUACGUAUCCAACACGGACACGCAUUCAGGACGGGGGAACGGCGUGUCCCUUUUCCCAGUUUCCGGCUGACGAGGGCGGAUGCGGGUCGAGACGGGCAGAAGCGGGUUGGACGCGGGCAGACGCGAUUUUUUUGCGUUUUUCAGUUCCUUUUACUCAGUCCCAACUCCAAAAAUCCGAUGCCCUAACAUUUUCAGCUCCAAUCGACCCCCCUUCUCAUGUUUUCUGCUGUAGCUUCACCGCCUGUGCUUCUAAUUCUCGUUCUUCAUCUCUCACGUUUAUUCAUGGUUCACGCUGCGUCGCUGCCUCACCCGCUCUGCUCUGCCUCUACCUAUUCACAAUUCACGUUGAUUCUCGACCAUCUGCUCUGCCUCUACCUCACCGUCGUUCUUCAGCUUCAUUGGUAAUUUAUUCUGUAUGGGAGCUGCUAGCUCCAGUGGUACGGUGUUUCCCGGCGAGAACGACCACACUGUGGAACCAGGUGGUGAUAAUUGGGUUAAAGGGGAAUGAUGCAGGAUCUGUAGCGCGUGAGGAGAACGCGCCACCUAGAUGUAGGAAUUACCGAGGCGUGAGGCGUCGGCCGUGGGGAAAGUUCUCUGCGGAGAUCCGGGAACCGCAGAAGAACGGGGCAAGGACAUGGCUUGGAACCUAUGAGAGCGAGGAGGACGCAGCUUUGGCUUAUGAUAGAGCUGCUUUCAAGAUGCGUGGUGGAAAAGCCAAGCUCAAUUUCCCACACCUUAUUGGAUCGGAGCCACCGCCGGAGCCGGCAAGAGUGGUCAUUAGAGACAAGCGGUGCAGCUCGCUGGAACUUUCGUCGCCGUCUAACUGUACAUCCGAGGAUGAUGGAUCUCAAGGGUCAAGUAAGAAGAUAAGCCUGGCCGGUCUAUUGAACAAGUUAGCAACAAAUGGAAGCCACGUCGGAUUCCGUUGA